AAAAACUUCCGAAAAUUUUUUUUUUUUUCAGAAGUUCUUGCCCAAAUAUUUCAGACAUUUUUCAGAAGUUUUAUCAUAUCAAAUAUAUUUUGUAAUUUUUCCCACAUUUUUUCCAAAAAUUUCCUUCACGUGAACUUCCACAAUUUCAACCGAUAACAUCUUCCAUGCAAAAUGAAUUAUUUCCAACAAUUUGUUUCAACUUUCCAACCGGUCAAUUAAAGUUGCACAAUGUAUCAAUUAUUAUUCUACAACGUCAUCUGCGCGAUCAUGUUUUUCAUGACUAUAACCUCAAAUUGUCUGAAAGGGAAACCGAAAGAGGAGCCAAAGAAACCCCCAAAAGUGAUACCAAUCCGUUACGAAACCGAUCCUGCCGUGCUGGAGAAGGAGCGGAAGAUGAAAAUUGCAGAAAAUCGGGAGAAAAUGCGAAAAAAGAGGGAGAAACAACAACAACCACAAUUCGAAAAGGCUGUGGUGGAGACUGUUGUUAAAAGGGAGGUGGAUCAGAAGGAAAUGAAGCUGGAAGAUGUAACGCAACCUUCAGCAUCUAUCGAAUCCAACGAGCAGCAACCAUCGCAAGAUACCAAGAAUUCGCAGCCGAGUGAGGAUGAGAAGGAGAAAAAGACCAGAACUUUGACUGUGACGGACGAAGAUCUUGGCAAUGUGAAACUGGUUGAAAAUGAUCCGGAUGGUGGAAAGAAGCUGAAGCUUGUUAAAAAGCAAGCUCGUGAGCAGGCCAAGCAGAAGGAGCUGGAAGAGCAACUGAUUCGCCAGAUUCAAAGAUCGGAGUCACGUCAAAGCCCAGACGACACAAUGAAAAAUGUUUCUUCAAUCCAAUUUGAGUCUCAAAAUUCGCAUAUUCAACGUAAGAAGCAACAACAAGAAGCUGCGAAAACGGUCAUCGAUACGGUGUCAAUUGAGUCACAAAUGAUCAGAGAUGCUACUUUGAUUGAGCCCAAGUCCAAUGAGUUGUAUGUCAAAGAGCUCACCAAGAAAAUUUUGGAAGAAAAGGAGGAAGAUUGAUCUUUUUUGAAUUACAAUAAAGUUUUCUCGCCUCCAAAAUCAAAA